AUGCAUUGGAGGUAUACAAGCGCCCUGCUUGCCCUCUAUGCAGCAACGGUAAAAUGUUGGCCCUACGACGAGUCCCUGGUUGAAUACAACCUCAAUGAAAACAAAGCCGCCAGAAAUCCCGCCGAAUACUGGGGAGAAUGGCCCAACCACACCUACUUCCCCUCGCCCGAAAAUUGGCGCUUCCCUGUAUAUACACUCUUCCUGGACAGAUUCGUUAAUGGUGACCCCACGAACGACAACAUUAAUGGUACUCUCUUUGAACACGAUCUAAAUUCGAAUCAAAUGCGCCAUGGCGGCGACGUUGCUGGCUUGAUUGAUACUUUGGACUAUCUACAGGGAAUGGGGAUCAAGGGUAUCUAUCUCGCAGGUCUGGUUUUAAUGAACCAGCCAUGGGGAUCUGAUGGCUACUCGGCUCUCGACACCACUCUGCUUGAUCAGCAUUUCGGGACUCUGCAAGCAUGGAGAAAUGCAAUUACGGAGAUCCACAACCGCGGGAUGUAUGUCAUAUUUGACAACACCGUGUCGACAAUGGGAGACCUCAUCGGCUUUGAGGGCUACCUCAAUACCACGACGCCAUUCACUCUCAAGGAGCACAAGGCCAUGUGGAAAUCAGACCGGCAUUAUGUUGAUUUCGAGUUUGGCAACACCUACAACGAAACAUGCGACUAUCCUCGUUUUUGGAAUGAAACAGGUUACCCCGUGGACCAAUACGUGUGGGACGAGCUAGGUGGCUGCUACGACAGCGACUUCGAUCAGUACGGUGACAUUGAAGCCUUUGGAGUCUUCCCGGACUGGAAGCGUGAACUGGCCAAGUUCGCCUCUGUGCAGGAUCGUCUGCGAGAAUGGGUCCCCAGCGUCAGAGAGCGGCUCAUCCGUCACUCUUGUAUGAUCAUUUCCUCAUUAGACAUCGAUGGCUUCCGAUAUGACAAGGCCACCCAGGCCACAGUGGAUGCCAUGGGUGAUAUCUCCGGUGCGUACCGCGGGUGUGCUCGACGAGUUGGAAAAGAGAACUUCUUCCUCCCCGGGGAAAUCACCGGUGGAAACACGUUUGGCUCUAUCUUCCUUGGCCGUGGUCGCCAGCCAGACAUGCAGCCGGACACCCUCGACAAGGCAUUCCACAUGACAAAUUCCUCGGAUUCGACGUACUUCAUUCGUGAUGACAACAAGCAGGCCAUCGAUGGCGCUGCGUUUCACUAUUCGGUGUAUCGCUCCCUUACCCGGUUCCUGGGCAUGGACGGCAACCUUGCUGCUGGCUACGAUGUCCCUGUCAACUGGACCCAAGCCUGGUAUGAAAUGGUACUCACUAAUGACAUGAUAAAUGCCAACACCGGCAAGUUUGAUCCUCGCCACAUGUAUGGAGCCACAAACCAGGACGUGUUCCGUUGGCCGACCAUCGAACUGGGUAUUGAGAGACAGCUGUUAGCCCUGUUCAUCACGACCCUGCACAUGCCAGGUAUUCCUCUGCUUCUCUGGGGAGAAGAGCAGGCAUUUUAUGUCCUGGAUGCCUCGGCCUCCAAUUAUAUCUUUGGUCGCCAGGCCAUGUCCCCGGCAACGGCAUGGAAGACUCAUGGUUGCUUCCAGCUCAACUCCACUCAGUACUACAAGUGGCCUAUUCAGUCAGGACGGUUGGGCUGCCAUGAUGAUAGUGUCACAUACGACCACCGUGAUCCCGCCCACCCCAUGCGAAAUAUCAUCAAGCACAUGUACCAGAUGCGAGAGGACUACGGGGCUCUGAAUGAUGGCUGGUGGAUGCAACUACUGUCAAACCACACCCGCAACGUCUAUCUCCCCGGCUCGAAUGGCGAACCCACUGAAACCGGCAUGUGGUCUGUGUUGCGCAGUCCUUACUACCAAAUGCAAGAUCUGGGAGAAACUGGCAACCAGACUGUCUGGAUGUUGUAUCAGAAUGAAAACCGCACGGUCACUUAUGAGUUUGAUUGCGGUGACCAAGACACAGCCUUGGUUGCGCCAUUUGAUACUAAUACCACAGUCAAAAAUCUUUUCUAUCCCCAUGAUGAGUUCAGGCUUCAGGAAGGUCCGACAAAGCUUCAUUUGAAUGGAUCCUCAAAGUUCAAUGGCUGUCUUGACAGCUUGACUCUUCAGCCCUACGAAUUUAGGGCUUACAUCCCCAAACAGAAAUUCGUGCCCCCUCGGCCAAUGAUCACUAAAUUUACCCCGGGACAUGACAUUCCACUGCUUUCGACUGCUGCGUCGGGUCAGAGCGAAAGUCUUGACAUCGGUUUAUAUUUCUCAACUGAGAUGAAUUGCACCUCAGUCACAAACUCAGUAUCGCUCGAGUCAUCCACUGAACCCGGAACUGCACCUUCCGUGGACUUGAAUAGUAUCAAUUGUCGGAAUAUCACUACGGAAAACACCACUUACGUUGGCCAGAUCCCCGCAGUCUGGGCUUGGACGGCUAAGCUCGCCGACGUAUACAACGGUGUGCACAAGCUUACCGUUAGCAACGCAACCAGUGUUGAUGGAAGAACAACUGGCGCCAUUGAUCAUUUCCUUAUCCGGGUUGGACAGAACGAUAACCCUCUAGUAUUCACUUCGGCAAACUACUCAAGCCGCCUGCUCCAUGAAUAUCCCAAUGGCACUCUCUACAUUCAACAGCACGCGGCUGGGGCUGACAAGUAUCGCUAUUCCACCAACUGGGGCAGCACAUACUCCGACUGGCUCCCAUACAAGGGUGGAAACCAAACAAUCAAAGAGCUACCAUGGUCAGGGACAAAGAAGCAGCAGUGGAAGGGAAAGCAUGUUCGAGUCGAAUACUGGAGUCGCUUCACUGGUAGCAGCGAUUACUUCCAAGAGGGUGACGGUACCGGCUGGAAUUCAGCAAUUCAGCGCCGGUUCCCUCAUCUUUUCUUCAACGGCCCGUUCAACCAGUAUGGCUACGAUGCUGGCUUGGACAACAUCGUCAGACAAGAUGACCAGGGCAGGUGGAACUUCCGCUUCAUGGCCGAGUGGCCCGCCCAGGGACAACUCAACGUCUGGGGCAUCAAUCCGGACGGCCAGCCCGAUCAAAGCUAUAUUUACGGAGAUUCCGAUGGAGACUCGGUCCUUGACCGUCUUCCCCCGUCCUCACUCAGUGUGACAACCAUCAAUAUCACCCAACACCCACCUAAUCCGCACUUGGCUUGGAAGAUUCACCUGGACGACUCGAAUUUGCGAUUCCAGCUGCUUCCUACGGGGUCGAAAUAUGUCCAGAUGGCCCUUUACUUCUUACUUUGGAUUGUACCGGUUAUCACCGCAACUACUUGCGCCUACAUCUUCAUGAAGACCUUCUACCGGAUCAAGUUCAACCAGGUUGGCGUGAGUGAAAAGAAAACACUCAUCUCGCUGGAUAUCCUGAACCGAUUCAAGGUCUCCGACCUUGAGGCCAACAAGUCGCGAUUCCUCCAGAGCACCUCCGUCUUUGGAAACCGGACAUCGCGCCGACGAAAGGUCCUUGUCGCGACGAUGGAGUACGACCUUGACGACUGGGGCAUCAAAAUCAAGAUCGGGGGUUUGGGCGUCAUGGCCCAGCUCAUGGGUAAACAGCUCGGGCACCAGGAUCUCAUCUGGGUCAUUCCCUGCGUCGGUGGCGUGGAAUACCCAGUGGACAAAUCCGCUGAGUCCAUGUUCGUCAUGAUCCUUGGGAAUUCCUACGAGAUCAAAAUCCAGUACCACUACCUGAGGAACAUCACGUUUGUCCUCUUGGAUGCUCCCGUCUUCCGCCAGCAGUCGGUCAUCGAGCCCUACCCAGCCCGCAUGGACGAUUUGGAUAGUGCCAUUUACUACUCGGCUUGGAACCAGUGCAUUGCGCAGGCUAUCAAACGGUUUCCUGUGGACCUCUACCAUGUCAAUGACUACCAUGGCUCGAUUGCUCCUCUGUAUCUUCUGCCCGAAACGGUUCCCAUUUGCUUGUCGCUCCACAAUGCCGAGUUCCAAGGGUUGUGGCCAAUGCGGACCCAAAAGGAAAAGAGCGAGGUGUGCUCCGUGUUCAACCUCGACAUGGACGUCGUCACUCGCUAUGUCCAAUUCGGUGAGAUAUUCAAUCUGCUACAUGCCGGCGCGAGCUAUCUCCGUCUACACCAGCAAGGCUUUGGAGCUGUUGGUGUGUCGAAGAAGUACGGGAAGCGCUCGUACGCGCGGUAUCCUAUUUUCUGGGGCUUGAAGAAGGUCGGCAACCUACCGAAUCCUGAUCCCUCCGAUAUUGGCGAGUGGAACAAGGAGCUGCCCAAGGAGAGAGACAUCAAUGUCGACAAUGACUAUGAGUCUCGCCGCGCAGAGCUCAAGCGCCAGGCGCAAGAAUGGGCUGGUCUUCAGCAAAACCCCAACGCCGACCUUCUGGUCUUUGUUGGCCGGUGGUCUAUGCAGAAGGGAGUCGAUCUCAUCGCCGAUGUCAUGCCGGGGGUCCUGGAAGCUCGACCGAACGUCCAAUUGAUCUGCGUGGGGCCUGUCAUUGACUUGUAUGGCAAGUUUGCGGCGCUGAAGCUCGAUCGGAUGAUGAAGCUGUAUCCUGGCCGCGUGUUCUCCAAGCCCCAGUUCACUGUGUUGCCUUCGUUCAUUUUCUCAGGUGCAGAAUUCGCCUUGAUCCCCUCGCGUGAUGAGCCGUUCGGUCUUGUCGCUGUUGAAUUUGGCCGCAAAGGCGCUCUUGGUAUUGGAGCUCGAGUGGGAGGACUGGGUCAGAUGCCUGGUUGGUGGUAUACUGUCGAGUCGACCACCACAUCGCACCUCCUCAAGCAGUUCAAACUGGCUAUUGACAGUGCGCUAAACUCCAAACCGGAGGUACGAGCGAUGAUGCGCGCUCGGUCAGCCAAACAGCGUUUCCCGGUUGCCCAGUGGAUCGAGGAUCUGGAAAUCCUGCAGUCGACGGCUCUUCGCAUCCAUCAUAAGGAGCGUACCAAAGCCCAGAGUCAGUCAUCGAUUUCCACGGGUGCAUACAAUGCUAUCUACGGCAUGAUGACUCCACAGGCACCACAGGCUGCUGCAUCGACCAGGUCCGGCACCUCGAGUGGCACAUUGACUCCACCGCUGCAGUCAUCCAGUCGCCCUGGCACGGUAGCUUCACUGCAACGAAGCUCGAUUAUCUACAGUCGCGACCCCAGUCCCGGUGGUGACAGCAGACCAAAGUCAGGGCUGAGUCGUCAGAUGUCAUUUGGUUUGCGGCCUGUCUCUGGUCAAAUGGAACCACGCGGCCGGCGCGACCUCGGCAAGGGCAGCACUGUUGAGAAUGAGGAACAUGCUGGAGCUCCAUCGCCAGAUGCAGAAGACAACAGCGACGACGAAAUGCUGUCCACCUGCUAUGGAGACGAUGAGGACACCAUGGGCCCGGAGUCGGAGUCAGGACGGCGACUGGAGGGCUCUUCGCAGACCCCCCAGGGUGCAGGGAUUCCUCUCACCAAGGACGUGCUAGCGAAUCGACACUCGAGUCAAGGAUCCCUGUUGGCUCGCUCGAUCAACACACCCUCGAGUUCGACAGCCCCCAGCACUGCCGGAACCGAUGACACGCUUCUUCCUCCAUCGCGCCCUUGGGCGGAGGCUGGAAGCCGCCUUAGCAGCUCAUCUGUAUUAUCAGUGGACUUAGUCGUGGGCGACAAGAAAGACUUCAAGCUGCAAAAGGUCGACCCGUUCUUCACAGACAGCAACGGCGAGUACUAUCGAGCAUUCGAGAAGAGACUCGAAGAGCUGAAUGGCACCAACUCCGACUCCCAGCUCUGCAUCGAGCAGUACCUCGAGAAAAGCGAGAAGAAAUGGUAUGACAAAUUCCGUGAUGCACGUCUGGGCCGCAACCAAUCCCCCGUUCCUUCAGUGCACCAUGACAAGGCCGGCGCGUCUCCAACGGGGUCUAUCGCCAACGACGAGACAACAUCGUACGAAGGCGGAGGCCAGGAGAGAAAGGAAGGUGGCGAUGAGUUCCAACUGGGAGAAAACUACGUUCCUCCAACUGGUCUAAAGAAAUGGAUGCAAAUGCGCAUCGGGGAGUGGCCGGUCUACUCUCUCUUCCUGGGUCUCGGACAGAUCAUCGCCGCCAAUUCCUACCAGAUUACCCUGCUCACUGGUGAGGUGGGCCAGACGCCACAGAAGCUGUAUGGGAUUGCAACCGUGUACCUGAUCACCUCGAUUCUGUGGUGGCUCUUCUUCCGGUUCUUCAAGUCAGUGCUUGUCCUGACGGUGCCGUGGUUCCUGUACGGGCUGGCAUUCUUGAUUAUCGGACUUGCUCACUUCGAGCCUAAUUCACACAGCCGUGGUUGGAUUCAGAAUGUCGGCAGUGGUGUCUACGCGGCUGCCUCGUCGAGUGGCUCGAUCUUCUUCUCGCUGAACUUUGGUGACGAGAGCGGUGCCCCGGUUAAGCAGUGGGUGUUCCGUGCGUGUUUGAUCCAGGGCACGCAGCAGGCCUAUGUCAUUGCGCUUUGGUACUGGGGCUCGACUCUCACCAAGGCUACCAAUGCCGGCAUCGCCAAUGCCCAGGGAAACAUCACCAAUACCUGGAGAAUGACUGCAAUCUGUACGCCCAUCACGGUCUUUUUAUGGACCGUCGGUCUACUGGUUUACUUUGGCUUGCCGAACUACUAUCGCCAGACACCUGGCAAGGUCCCCUCCUUCUAUAAAUCCGUCUUCCGGCGCAAGAUCGUGCUCUGGAACUGGGUGGUGGUGAUUCUACAGAAUUUCUUCCUGAGUGCGCCCUAUGGUCGGAACUGGAACUUCCUCUGGAUCUCCACCCACGCCAAACCAUGGCAAAUCCUCCUCCUCUGUAUCGCCUUCUUCGGCUUCAUCUGGAUCGCUGUGCUCUUCCUCCUGGGUUGGCUCUCCAAAUCCCACAGCUGGAUCCUACCCGUCGUCGCCUGCGGUCUCGGAGCACCACGCUGGGCCCAGAUCUGGUGGGGAACCUCUGGGUCAGGCCUAUUCCUGCCCUGGGCAGGGAGUUACACCUCUGGAGCCCUGGUCUCUCGGAGUCUGUGGCUCUGGCUGGGCGUGCUAGACGCGCUACAGGGCCUGGGCUUCGGCAUGAUCCUGCUACAGACCUUGACCCGCAUGCACAUCUGCUUCACGCUUCUUGUGUCGCAGGUGCUAGGCUCCAUUGCUACGAUCUGCGCCAGAACUUUUGCACCUAAUAAAAUCGGGCCGGGGCCUAUCUCGCCGGAUAUCACGGCUGGUGCGGGUGCGCUAGGGAAUGCGUGGUUUUGGAUUGCGUUGAUUUUCCAGCUUCUCAUUUGCGGCGGCUUCCUUCUCUUCUUCCGCAGAGAGCAGCUCUCGAAGCCUUGA